AACAGUAGGUGGAGCCAGACGAAGGUGUACACGGUGUACGCCAAGCACGCCAACACUGGAACUGAGAAGACGGGCACACAAGAAAAUUAGAUGUGAUAAAUCUUAGGUUUUACAUCAAGCUGGAGCUAAAGUCAAUACGUUUUUUUAUUCAAGACGGGAAGUCCGGACUACAGCACUGAAAACACCCAACAGUCCUGUUCACACAGCCGCAGAAUGGACGCUGCUCCAGGAUAAAGUGAAUCAUGUCUCCUGCUGUUUAUCUGUCACUUCUGGUUGUGUUAUCGUGUCACCAGAGGAUCUGCUCGGGAUCCCAUGUCCUCAGGUUCCAGGCAGGGUGGUCUUCAGACACAACACUAACCAUGAUGUAUCAAAGCAACGAAGACAAGUGUGACCUUGUGAUGAACCUCAACUCUUCAGAGCGUUGUGCCUUCGUGAAGAACACAUCGGACUGUGACAUGGAAGAUGGCUUCAUCAACUACAUUAAAGUGGCCUUCUGUCUUCUUCCUACCAACCUCACACCUCUCGUCAUUACCCUCUGUAUUAUAUGGCUGCUCUUUUUGUUCCUCAUUCUUGGACUCACAGCGUCUAAAUUUUUUUGUCCCAACCUGUCGGCCAUCUCUACCAGUCUGCACCUCACUCACAACGUGGCUGGUGUGACAUUCCUCGCUCUCGGUAACGGGGCUCCUGAUAUCUUCAGUGCCAUUGCGGCUUUCUCCAACCCGCACACUGCCGGGCUGGCUGUCGGAGCCUUAUUUGGAGCCGGGAUAUUUGUUACCACAGUGGUUGCGGGAAGUGUAGCUCUGGUGAAGCCUUUCCCUGUUGCCUCACGUCCAUUUCUGCGUGAUGUCACCUUUUAUAUGGUGGCUGUGUUUUGGACUUUCCUCAUGUUGUACAGAGGAACCACAACACUGAAAGAAACACUUGGCUACCUGGCCCUCUAUGUGGUGUAUGUGUUGACUGUUAUCAUCAGUGCAUAUAUCUACAACCGACAGAAACAUUCAAUGAAUUCGAGUGACCACACUGUUGCACGUAUUCCAGCAGAGUUUAGCUCUUCUGACUCAUCUGAUGACGACGUGCCCUGUGUGCUUGAUGGAUCCAUCCAGCAGGAGUAUGAGUCAGAGUACAGACCACUUCUGCCAUACACUGAGAGCACAGCUCAGAUCCUGCUGAGUGCUCUGAACCCAGUCGACAGCAGGAAGUGGAGGAGGAAAUCAUGGAGGUGGAGAACUCUCAAAGUUCUGAAGACACCUUUAGAGGUUCUCCUACUGCUCUGUAUCCCUGUGGUUGACCCUGAUAAAGAGGACAAGAACUGGAGACGGCCAUUAAACUGCCUCCAUCUUAUCACUUCUCCCUUGGUGUGUGUGCUUGCCUUCCAGUCUGGAAUAUAUGGAAGUUACAUGAUCAAAGGGCAGUUUCCCCUGUGGCUGCUGAUUCUGCUUUUGGGACUUUUCCUGUCUGCCAUUGUCUUCUGUACCACCACAAAUGACUGUCCUCCAAGAUAUCAUUCAUUGUUUGCUCUCCUGGGCUUCGUUGUGAGUGCUGUGCUGAUCAGUGCAGCAGCCUCUGAAGUGGUCAGCCUUCUGCACAUGCUCGGUGUGGUGCUGAGUCUCAGUAACACUGUGUUGGGUCUGACUCUGUUGGCCUGGGGAAACAGCAUAGGAGACUGUUUUUCUGACAUUACCAUUGCCCGGCAGGGCUACCCACGCAUGGCCAUAUCUGCCUGCUUUGGAGGCAUCAUUUUCAACAUGCUGUUUGGAGUGGGGUUAGGGUGUCUGUUUCAAAUAUAUAAAACACAUUCUUAUGUGCAGUUUGAAAUCGAGGGUUUACUGACGUGGAUUCUCGCGGGGUCUCUGGGUUUAUCUUUGGUCCUGUCCUUCAUCAUUGUUCCACUGUGCCAGUUCCACCUGGGUCGGCCAUACGGGAUCUUCCUCCUCUUCUUCUAUGCCGUCUUUCUUGUCAUUGCACUGCUCACGGAGUUCGGAGAGAUCCACAUGGUAUAAAUCUGACACUGAGGCCAGUCUGCAGCAAGGGAUCCUUUUCCAUGAAGCAACUUGAACAGAGGCAGCACUGACCUACACAUGAUAUUAAUGCACUAUUUAUAUAAGAAUCAUGAUUACACUCUGUGCACUGGCCUGCUGUUGAAAAACCAAAAGAGGCAACUUCUCAACAAACUCUUCUGCUCAGAGCUGAAACGAAUCAUCGCAUUGUGCCUUUAUUACAACUACUUAUUUGUGCUGACUGAAGCUGUGACGGCACUUUGAGAGUCCACAGGGAAGACACAUAUAUUUGUAAAUUAAAACAUUGGGUAUGCACUAAAUGCACUGUAAAUCAAACUGUUAAAUGACCCUGUACGAAGCUGCAUUUGGGGCAUUAAAAUAAUCUGGGUUUGGUAUUUGCUUUUA